UCCUACAACCAUCUUCUCUGUCCCGUUCACCCGCCAUAGAGGACUCCGCUGCUGGGAACUAACUUCCUGCACGCGGCCGCGGAGGUGAACGCGGGCGAAUAUUGUGGCUCGCUGUCCGCGCGCGCCCCGUCUCGCGCAUGUUCAUGGUGCCUGAUCAUAUCCAUCCGGACAGGGUCGACGUUGUUUUUUACCCCCUUUGGGGUCCGGAAGGAGCCGGGGGAGGACACCCGAGGACACGCGAUACGGCCUGGAGGCCGAGAGCUGCAGGGCAAACAUGUGAAAGAAGCCCCGCCCCUUUUGACCCUCUCAACUCUCAACCUUCGCAGAACUCUCUUGAGCCGACGCCGUGACCUGACACCCACCUGCCUCGGGCAUGCCUCAGCCGGGUAUGAGUGGGAUGGAGCCUGCGUUUGGCGAGGCCUACGGGGGCCACCGGGGUCUGCUGAGCCCCUACCCGCUGGCCAUGUCGCCACAAGGGGGCAGGACCGAGUACGACCAGAGCGUGCUCCUCAUGCUGGGCUCCCCGGCGUCGCCUAGGAAACGGCCCUUUGAGUUGCUAAGCGACCUGGUGGACGACGGCGGCCUCGGCGAGGACCUGCACCCGGAGCGCUGGGACGUGUCGGCGCUGGACGAGAUGGCCCGCUACACCCGGCUGGGCCUCGGCGUGGGCGGCGAGCUGCUGGCCGGCUCGGAGGAGGCCGUCCUCAUGGGCCGCUGGGGGCGGAGCCGGGAGGAGGAGGAGGAGGAGGGGAGGAGGCGCGGCAUCAGGCACGCGGCGGCACCUGCAGAGAGGGCGCUGGGCGCCGCCGCGAAUAGAGCGGAAGCAGUCGGACAGGAUGGGGGCGUGGCGAGGGGGCGCACGGUGGAGGUGUAUCAGGUGGCGCAGGAGGAGGAGGAGGAGGAGGCGGCGGCGGCGGCGGGUUUGGCGUUGGAGCACUGCAGCGAGGAGCACAACUACUCCCUGAGCCAGGGGGAGGAGGAGGCGGGGCCCGCCCACACCUCCCAGAGGGAGGAGGAGGCGCGGGAGGAGGAGGAGAGCCAAGCCAAGACUGAACUAGAGGAGGAGGAGGAGGGGGAGGGGGGGGAAGAGGAGGAGGAAGAGGAGGAGUACGAAGAAGAAGAGGACGAUGAAGCGGAGGAGACGGCGGCGGAGGCGGAGCUCUCCAGCUCCUCGGAGACCGAAUGUGAGGCGGAGCCUGAGCCGGCGCGGCCGCCCGGCGAGCGCCCGGCGAAGCGCCGCUGCUUCUGGGAGUACCGGCGCGCCCGGGCGUCGGCCGCCAAGAAGAAGCUGGGCGGAGACGUCCACUGGUCGCUGUCCUGGAGCUCCAGCACGCUGCCCAGCACGCUGUACCGCCGGGAGGGUAAAAAAGGGCGCCGUAAAGCUCGCAAGACGGACGCCAGCGACCUGACCCCGAACCCCCAGAAGCUUCACAACAUCGGGGAGCAGCUGCAGAAGCUCAACGCCGCCAUCGACGGCAUGGGCCCGGUCAACGACCUGCCCGCCGUGGCCCGGGCCCGGUCCCGCAAGGAGAAGAACAAGCUGGCCUCCAGGGCCUGCCGCCUGAAGAAGAAAGCUCAGCACGAAGCCAACAAGAUCAAGCUGUGGGGGCUGAACCAGGAGUACGAGAGCCUGUUGGGAGCUCUGCUGAGGAUCAAGGAGGUGAUCCGGCUGAGGGUGGAGAGCAGCGAGGAGGAGGAGGAGGAGGAGGAGGAGGAGAGGGGGAUGACCCGCCGCCUGGAGGACAUCCUGAGGGAGUCCAGCGGUCCUCUAGUCGCCGGGCGGACCAAAGACUUUGUGCAGAGGAUUUUGGCGGCCAGCGCGGGAGGCCAGAACCAGAACCAGAACCAGAGGAAAGAGACCCCGCAGGGAGGCGAUGAGGCGACGGGAUAAACCCCCUCUGACACACCCCCCCCCCAUCCCAGACAGACCAAGCACCCUGACCGCCUCCACCCUCAUGAGCAAAGAGGAGGAGGAGGAGGAGGAGGAGGAGGAGGAGGAACCUAAACAAAAUGGGAGUAAAUUGCCACCCUGCUCCUGGUCAUCUCCAGCUGCACCACAACCAGGCCAGAGCUGCUGCUGACGUCUGUGUGUGUGUGUGUGUGUGUGUGUGUACAUACUGUAUGAGCGUAGCGUGUCCUCUCCCUCUGUGAUGUUCCCAGUGUGCCUAUGAAUAGACAUUGCACUGUUUUGUAGAUGGUGGGAGCUGUCGGCAGGUGUGUGUGUGUGUGUGUGUGU